AUGUUUUCUGCUCAGAACAAGAUCCAGAAGGAUAAGGGUGUGGCACCAACUGAGUUUGAAGAGCAAGUUGCUCAGGCUUUCUUUGACUUGGAGAACACCAACCAGGAGUUGAAAAGUGACUUGAAAGAUCUGUACAUUAACCAAGCAGUGCACAUGGAUAUCUCUGGCAACCGUAAGGCUGUUGUGAUCUACGUUCCAUUCAGAUUGAGGAAAGCUUUCCGCAAGAUUCAUCCUCGUCUUGUCAGAGAGCUCGAGAAGAAGUUCAGUGGAAAAGAUGUUAUCUUUGUUGCCACCAGAAGAAUCAUGCGUCCCCCAAAGAAAGGCUCAGCUGUUCAGAGACCACGCAACAGAACUCUCACUUCUGUCCACGAAGCUAUGCUUGAGGAUGUUGCUUACCCUGCUGAGAUUGUCGGAAAGAGAACCAGAUACCGUCUCGAUGGCACCAAGAUCACCAAGGUCUUCCUGGAGCCUAAGGAGAGGAACAACACUGAAUACAAGCUUGAGACAAUGGUGGGUGUGUACAGGAAGCUUACAGGGAGAGAUGUAGUUUUCGAGUACCCAAUCACAGAUGGUUGA